UACUUUAAUGAGAAUGGAGACCCAGCAGCAAAGUAUGAAAUUAUAAACUGGCAGCCAACAGAAAAUGGCAUUGUGGACUUUGUCACAGUUGGUCUUUAUGAUGCAUCUUUACCUGCAGACAAACAACUGAGUCUGCAACUUCAGUCUAUUAUUUGGGCACAGAACUCAAAACAGGUGCCUGUGUCAGUUUGCAAUGAGAAAUGUCCCCCAGGAACUCGCAAGGUUCUCCAGAAAGGAAAACCUGUCUGUUGCUAUGACUGUAUCAGAUGUGCAGAGGGAGAAAUAAGCAACAAAACAAAUUCUGCAUCUUGUGAGCGAUGCCACCUUGAGUCCUGGUCCAAUAACAGAAGAGAUGCCUGUAUAAAGAAGGAGGCAGAGUUUCUAUCAUAUGAAGAAAUUAUGGGAGUACUGCUCACUGCAGUGGCCUUGUUUGGAACAUGCAUGACUGCUGUUGUGGCAGCCAUUUUCUUCACAUACAGGACAACUCCUAUUGUCAGGGCCAACAACUCGGAGCUGAGCUUCCUGCUGCUCUUCUCCUUGACUCUGUGCUUCAUGUGUUCUCUGACCUUCAUCGGCCGCCCCUCUGAGUGGUCCUGCAUGCUGCGACACACAGCAUUCGGCAUCACCUUUGUCCUCUGUAUCUCUUGUGUUCUGGGGAAAACUAUAGUGGUGUUAAUGGCCUUCAGGGCUACACUUCCAGGCAGUAAUGUGAUGAAAUGGUUUGGGCCUGCACAGCAGAGACUCAGUGUUGUGGCUUUCACUCUUAUCCAGGUUGUUAUAUGUAUCCUCUGGUUAACUAUUUCUCCUCCUUUUCCAUUUAAGAAUUUUACCCAGUUCAAGGACAAAAUCAUCUUAGAGUGUGCUCUGGGAUCAGCUGUAGGCUUUUGGGCUGUACUUGGGUACAUAGGCCUUCUGGCCAUCUUAUGUUUUAUUCUGGCUUUUCUUGCUCGGAAACUGCCUGAUAACUUCAAUGAGGCCAAACUGAUCACCUUCAGCAUGCUGAUAUUCUGUGCAGUCUGGAUGACUUUUAUUCCAGCAUAUGUCAGCUCUCCUGGGAAGUUCAGUGUUGCUGUAGAGAUAUUUGCUAUUCUGGCCUCCAGUUUUGGACUGCUCAUUUGUACUUUUAUUCCAAAAUGUUAUAUUAUCUUACUGAAACCAGAGAAGAAUACAAAAAAGAAUAUGAUGGAGAAAGGGACAUCAAAACAAUUCUGA